CACCUCUUCCCGCGCAUGCGCAGUGGCGCUGCUGCCGUGGCGGCGCUGCGCGGCGGGCGGAGCGCGCAUGCGCAGAACGGCGGUACCGGGAGCGGACCGGGACCGGCUGUGGGCACCAUGGCCGUAGGUACGGGCACGUCGCUGGCGCUGUCGUCGCUGCUGUCGCUGCUGCUGUUCGCCGGGAUGCAGAUGUACAGCCGGCAGCUGGCCUCCACCGAGUGGCUCACCAUCCAGGGCGGGCUGCUGGGCUCGGCGCUCUUCGUCUGCUCCCUCACUGCCUUCAACAACCUGGAGAACCUCAUCUUCGGGAAGGGCUUCCAGGCCAAGAUAUUCCCCGAGAUCCUCACCUGCCUCUUGCUGGCCCUGUUCGCCUCUGGCCUCAUCCACCGGGUCUGUGUGACCACCUGCCUCAUCUUCUCCAUGGUGGGUCUCUACUACAUCAACAAGAUCUCCUCCACUCUCUACCAGUCCACAGCGCCCGUCGCUCCUCCUGCCAAGGCUGUUGGCAAGGGCAGGAAGAGAAAUUGAUGUCCUGCUGCCCCUUCCUGGGGCAACCCCCUCCCUGUGGCCGACCUGGGACUCCCCCCUGCCCAAUAAAGCCAUUUCUUUGUA